CUCGAUAUGUUCAAUACGAUAGAUAAAACUUGGACUAGACAAACUGUAUCGCAGCCAAAAGAAAUGUCAGAUCAUCGUAGAUAUCAUACAUCUACGCUUCUUCCAAAUGGUGAUAUUGUUAUAAUCGGCGGUAUCGAUGUAGUACCAAAUGUCGUAAUAUUAGAAACAACAAAAAAUCAAUGGAGAAUUCCAGUCGUUUCAGGAAUUGAACCACCACUCCUUAACCAACACUGUGCAGAACUUGUCGAAAAUAGAUAUAUAUUCAUCAUGUUUGGAAAAAGAGCUGACGGUCAAAAUAGCAACAAACUCUUCAUACUCGAUACAGAAAAUUAUUCAUGGAUUACAAGCCCUAAAAAUAAAGUUCUACUAUCCACAGUUGCAUUAGUUUUCUCUAUUAUUUUAUUUGGAACAUCUGUGUUUUUAUAUAAAAGACGUAAAAAUCGAUUGGCCAAUGUUACCAUACAAGCCGAGAAUGUCUCAAUGAGUGAAAAUAUCGAUUCACAUACAAAUAUAAUGGUAUACCCAAAUGAAGAAAGUCAUAAAAUUAAAGAUCGAAAGUUUCGGAUUUUUAGUAACAAAUAA